GAUCAAUAUAUGGACCUUGGAUCACCAUCACAAACCAAAGAAGAUCAAAAUAUGAACCCCGGAUCACCGGCCACCGCUACCCCCACCACCACCACUCCACAAUCCAAAGAUGAUGAAUGUCUGACAAGGAAAGAAUUCCUAGAUAUAGACAAUGCAAUCCGAAACCAAGACUUACGAUUCUUACAAAAAUAUGUGAAGGGUGCUUCAGAGCAUGAUGUCCGGCGGGUAAACCUCUCCGAGGACCCACUCCUUAACGUAAUGAUAGCCUAUGACAGCAUUAAGGAUGACAUCUUGUUCAGUCUGAUCAACAUGAUGACGUCCGAAGCCUUGGAGGCGAAAAACGAGGUUGGCGACACAGCUCUACACGUGGCAGCGGCCAAGAACCGACAGAAAGUGGCCAAUUACCUCUUAGAAAAAAAUUCCAGGCUCAAGUACCAGAGAAACAAGAAGGGUGAGACACCACUCUUGAAGGCCGCUCUUUUUGGUAGCACCGAGACUUUCGACAGCCUCCUAGAUCGUGACCGCAACAUGAUCUUUUCCAGAAAUAAUCAUGGGGCCAGUGUUCUUCAUUGUGCCAUAGUAGGCAAUAAUCCAGACCUCGCUUUAAAAAUAGCACAACUUGAGGAAAGUUUGAUGACUAAUAGAAAUGAUAUGGCAUUGACCCCUUUACAACUCAUGGUCACCAUGCCAGAAGUGUUUCAAAGCAGCCCGAAGGGGCCUAUGGAAUCAUUAAUUUAUGCAAUUAUUCCACUGAAUAGCCACAAUGAAUCAAAUGAAUCUGGGAAAGAAAGAGAUGAAGAGACGCCUUACAAGCCCAAAGACUCCAAACAAUUUAAACCCUGGGUCGAGGCUAAUGAGGAUAAUGCAGAAAGUGCCAAACUUCUUAAAGAAUCAGCGGCAAUGUCUAGCAGAAAAUUUUUGAAUAAUUGUCAAUGCUUUGCAGUCAAGGUGUUCACAAGGAUAAAGGAGCUUGAAGAUCAAAAGAACAAGCAUGCACAAACCAUGAAGCUUAUUGCAUACCUUGCAAGAGAUCAGAGUUUCUGGGAUUUCAUCCAGUAUGGAAUGUUCAAGAAAAACAAACCUCGGGGGAUGACGACUACCGCCAACAUGACAGCGAUUGUGAAGAUUAUAGCUGAGAUGAUAAAAGGACCUAAUCCGGAGUUACCAUCUUGGUUGUUGUCCGACGUUAAAGGUGACAAGAGUGAGGAGUUGUCUUCUUGCACGUGGUUGUCGGCCAUUCAUCAAAAUGACGAGAAGAAGGAAGAUGACGAGAAGAAGAACACUAUCCUGCAUUAUGCUGCUGGAACAACCAUCAAACGCGAAGGAUUGACACUGCAGAUGCUGCAGGAGAUCAAAUGGUUUGAGAUGGUGAAGAAGCUGCUCCCAAAGGAUAUGGUGUACAGCAGAAACAUAAAAGAGAAGACAGCUCAAGAGCUGUUCGACGAGAACCACUCCGAGAUGGUGAAGAGCGGAAGGGAUCAGCUGAUGGAAAUAGGAAAGACAUGUUCAGGUCUCCUUGCAGCAGUGGUGUUCGCCACUAGCUUCAACAUUCCCGGAGGCAAAGACUCGGACAAUAGCGCAAAAAACAACAUGACUAAUACUGAAGGAAACCAUUUCAGUAACGAGUCAGUGGGUUUCAAGGUGUUCACUCAUGCGUAUAUGAUUGGGUUGUCCUUGGCGACUUGUUCUCUUAUUCUCUUCUUAUCUUUCCUGACGUCUAACUAUAGCUCUGAAGCAUUCAGGAAAUCACUUCCGACCAGGUGUAUAUUGGCAGGUGUGUCCUUCUUCUGUGCCUUGAUGGCUCUUCUGGUGGCUUUCGUAUGCAACGCAUACCUUACUAUUUAUGGAGGGCGGAAACCUAAGGCUGAGGACUUGCUACCACUCAUCCUUGAGCUCACUGGCUUCCCAUUGUUGUGGGCCGUUGUUUGGUUUUUUGGUGGCUUUGGCUCUGGAUUUUUGGAUUUCAUUUUAAAAGAAGUUCCGCCGAUGAUAAGUGCUGUCAUGCACACACGCACACACAGUAUUGACGUACACUUACCAGUACCAUUGUUUGGUGUUAAGUUUGUGAUGAAGGCUGCUUGGAUUUGGCUUCUGAUUUUCAUUUUAUUUUUAUAA